AUGGAAGAGGAACAAAAAGGGAGAAGAGGAUCAGUGGCGAAAGGAAGAUCGUGCAAAGGCUAUCUUUAUUACUCUUCCACUCUCAAAUCAAAGGAUAAACACCCUCGCUGCGUUGGAAUCCCUCGUUCUCUCCCUCAAGUACCUGGCUACGUUGUUGGACAAUCUGAAGCUGAAGCUUCCAAAGAAGGGAGGACCUUAACUAAUUUUACUAUGAGAAGAGCAGCUUCCAGCAACACUUCAUCUGUUCCUACCCCCAUUCAAAAUAGAAAUGGUACUAUUAAUCCUCUCUCUCAUUCACCUGCUUACUAUAUAACUUGCUAUAUGCUCAUCAUUUUUUUAUAUACUCUAGAUUCUCUGGAUUUGCCUCAGCACCAGAAUCAUAGACCAACUCCGAACCGAACACCAACCCCAGCCACUGCCAAAAACACUGAAAACGGCUUCGUAACAAGGUUCACGAGAAAUGCAAACCUGGUAGCAUCAGGUGUGAUGAAGAACCUGAAGAGAGUGGGUAACUUUGUGAAAGAUCAUUUUGACGACUCCUUGGACGGAUAUCGAAAGCCACCAAAGUAA